AAGAGUCUGUAAACGCGGCUUGUUCAAAAGUUACACAAAUGUUACUUUCCAAGCGACAAGCAACUGUCAGGGAAAGAAAACACGAUUACUUAUACGGCAAGCUACAUUCUGUGUCUUAUAGUUUCCUUUUACUGUAGACCCUCUAUAUUUCCUUUCAAGUGCGGCUGAUCAUGAACGUGUUGCUACUAAAGCACGUGCGAAUCUGACCAAAAUGCAGAAACUAUUUUCUUUUGAAAAUUUAUUCAGUGAAAUUCCCACUUAUCAGCCGUUUAGAUGGCGUUUCAGCAUUGAAGAUCCAGUUCCUGCAUCGGUGUCACGACAUUUUCACCCAAUAGACUUAUGCAAAGAAUUAGUUAAAAUUCAGCUCAGGAAAGGUGAAACUCCAAUUGAUGGUCACACGUUUAGUGGCAUGGAUAGACCCAAAUACUUCACUUACUAUACGUCAUCAGUCUAUCCCUAUCCCACAGCAGAUCUACGGGACUGGAGUACGACAUUAGAAUCUGUGACUGGAAAUCAGAAUAUACUACAAACAAAUUUAAUCUCACAACCGCCUACCUAUGUAUCACGUUAUGUGCAAACAAUGUUUCGUGAUUCAGAAGCACAAACUGAUCCAUAUUCCCCUCCAUAUGUUGUCAGUGUCGGUGAAACACCGGAGACACUGACAUUAGCCACUUUGGGCUAUGGGCAUGGAUUACCCGCUGGAUUAUAUGAUGUUGAAACAAUAGAACGUGCUAGACAAAGACGUGAAAUUGAAUCAAAUUUGGAGCCUUAUAAAGAUAUUGCAAAUGAUCCAGUAAAGGUUGCUAAACGACGAAAAAUCCUAGAAAAAUUAGAAAAUCGUGAAUGGUAUUACAGAGAGCGUGAAGUUGAAGCACUUCAAGAAGUUCGAUUAAAUGUGCUCACUGCACUUUUACGUAGACGUGAAGAACGUCAACAAGAAAUAAUGGCCAAACGACUUGAUAGAACAUGGCAAGAACGAUGUGCAAAAAAAGAAGCAAAAUGUAGAGCUAUACAAUAUCGUUAUAUUGCAGAGCUGCGUAAAUUAUUGAAACGUCGGAUAGCCGGUAAAGAAUUCAAAUUUAAACGUGAUAUAAUCAGUGAUUAUGCAACGCCUUCAUCUCAAGUAUUUGCUCCACUUACUCGUCUUGGUGUCUUUCCAGAUCGUAGUUCUGAAAGUUAUGUUGUCAAAAAUGCGUAUUUAACCAGUUAUGAAGGUUUACUUGCUUUAGAAGCCAGUUUACCACGCUUUGUCUUUGAACCAAGAAUUAAAAUUAAGAAGCCAGUGAUUUAUACUAAAGAUGGAUUUCUAAGACGGGAAUACCGUCAUCAAGAAGAAUUAGCCGAGUUGCACAAUUAUUUGCUGAAAACAUCAUUGAAUGAAGAGAGUGUUAUUGUAAGAAAACCGAGAUUUUUACAAAAGAUUGAGAAGCCUAUACCACGCCCAUUGACACCGGGUAUUUCUCCACCGACUAGUGAAGAAUCAGAAGAACAUGAAUUAGCUGCCACUGUAUUGCAAAGUUUAAUCCGUGGACGUGCUAUACAGACACAAAUGUAUGAAGGUAAAGAAAAACGUCGUGAACUUAUUUCUGAGCUUAGAUCAACGCACGCUUUAUUAAAAGAUGAACAAGCUCAAAAGAAACGUCAAAAGUUGAUAAUAUUAUCUAGACAAGAGGAUCACGAUCACCUGAUACACCAAGACAAUUCAAUGGAAGCCAUCUUGGGACGAUUUGAAAGUGACAGUUUGGCCGAUAUGUUAGAUUUCUUAAGUAAAGAAUUAGAUAGACUGAUUGAAGAACGACGUGCACAUGCCUUAAUUUUAUUGGCCGAACGCCAAAGACGAAUAAGAGAAGCUGAAGAAAGUGGCACACGCCAAAAAGAAGAGCGUAGAAGACGAGAACAAGAUGAAAUAUUUAAACAGCUUGUCAAAGUGCAUGAAGAGACAGUUGAUGGUUACUUGGCGAAUAUUGCUGGUUUAGCGGUGGACACUACUGCUAGUCAAUUGGCUAGAGAAGAAAUUACAAAAUUAGCUAGGCGAAUUGAUGAAGAUUCACAUCUUCAUGAAAUGAAUCGUGAUGAAUUAAAGUCAGAUGAAUUAGCAGCCGAACUAGUGCAUAACUUUUUGAUACCAUAUGUGAAUAAACAAUCUUAUGAAUUACACAAAGAAAGACGUCAACGUAAAUAUCUGAAUGCUGCACAUCGUGAAAUCUGGGGUCCAUUACAUUAUGCUGCUGAAGUUCUAUCCAAUACAGGGGUUGAAGAGAGAAAAUAUCAGAAUGAGGAAACCUCAACACUAACAAACAACUGGUGGUCGAACGGACACAAUAACCAAUUUACGAAUGUGGCAACAAUAACAGAAACACAAAUUAAGCAAGAAAAAUCACCAUCUAAUGAUACUGUGAACAUCAUAAGUAUUGAUCAAAAGGAUGAUACUACUGAGUGAGAUAUAAUGACAUACUUGUUGACAGGCAUAUAUAUGCAUAAUCAUUUGUAAUAAUAGCAACUAUCAAAAUUAUUCCAUUAGAACUAGGAAAGAAUGUGUUUUGUGCAUUGUGUAUCUUUGCUGAACUAUGAGUAAAUACUUAUUUAUGUAAGGAGUAAUGUGAACACGAUUCCCAUGAGAAUUAUCAGUUUUAAUCAAAGAAAAACAAGCAAAGGAACAAAACACUUUUAUGAAUUUUUCUGUUAUAAAAGUGAAUUUUACUUUUGUAUGUUUAUGCUGUUUUAACCCUUGAUGUUUUCUCUUUGAAAAACACAGCCCUGAAGUAUGGUG